AUGGCGGAGACGGUUGAUAUCAAUGAUACUACCAUUCUUGGGCAAGAUGUAGUAGCAACGCGGCCAAGCGAAAAUGGUGGCGACAACCCCGGAGAGACCAUCGAAGAGCGAUGCUUCUCCGCCGCCCUCAUCUGCCUGGAGGGCCAUUUCACACAGUCGCCUCCCAUGGGCCCUCAAACCACGGCCAGGGUGAACUCGAUGAUCUCCAAGACGUUGGAGAAGACCCACACGCUGAGGAAGGCCAGAGAAGCCCUGGCACGGAAUGUAGCAAUAUGGAUAUGGCUGACAAGAAUCUUUGCUGCUGCCAUCCCAAGCUUGACAUCGCGAUCAGUGGGGCCUCUAUCAGCCUUGAACGACCCCGACAAGGGAGUCAGCCCUCAAGAAAGCACGGCCUUGAUCGUCCUCAACCAUGUAUCUGUCAAGGAAGAUUUGGGCACGCUCAUCAAGCUGAUGCACAUUGCACGCAAUCUUUUGGUUAAUGCUGAGCCCGAGGUUCCUCAGGACAUUUGCGCCGCAGUGCAUUUCGACCAGAUGGUCUACCAAACAAUUAUUCUCUGUGUCAAUGUAACGAGUAAAGGCUACGACGGGGAGAUACUGGACGAGGCUCAGAGAUUGAAGCUCACAGAUAUUACUGAAUUGUAUAAAAAGCUGCUUGUGACUUCGCUGCAGCAGGUUCACAACUGGACUGCCAAGCAUGAUCGAAACAAGAUGUCAUUUUGGUUUGAUGUGCUGUUUGACGAUGACGGCGCGCUGUCAGGACCCGAGGAAAUCAUGACAGAUGGUUCUGGAUUCCGCCCAGAUGCGGCCAAGCAUCAAGUUCAACACUGGCUAGAUCGGAAUUCGAAAAUGUGCGACACGGCGAGGAAGCUGCUCAGGGAUUACGCCGAAAAUCAUGCAGACAAGCCCCCAGGAAACUUGGCCCCUAUAAGGCCACUAGCCUGGAACUGGCUUCCGGAUACACUUGAUCCCACUUCCAUGAUGAUAGACGAUAACUCUGAUAAGAUCAACCCGGUAUGGAAGCCGGACGAGCCGGACAAAUACCAACAGGACCGACUGUACGCUCGUGUGUCUCGUGAGAUUGAUACGUGGUGGCUCCGAGCGCGCGAUCCGAAUUACGAGGACUGGGUCGUCGGCAUGCCGUCUGUGGAGUUUGCGCAGUCACGUACAGAGCAUUGCCGCAAUAAUUUGGUUCACCGAUAUGCUCAUUCCUAUCGGGCAGACCACUCGCCGCCUCCAGAGGGCGCCGAAGAGGACCUCUCUGACCAUGAGCACUGCCACGAGUGCCACGAGUGCUAUCUCCAGUGCGACCACCAUCACCACCAUCAUCACGAUAAUGAAGACGACCAUCACCACCACCACUGCCACCAUCAUCACCACCAUCAUGAUCACGACUAUCCCCAUGAUUAUAUGGACGACAUGAUGGACGAUGAAGAGGUUGAUGAUGAUGAAUCGUAUGGAGAUGGUCCAUUGACUGGUCUUCUGACAGAGGUGCCUAAUAUUCUUGAUCCCAAACAGAUCGAAGCAUUGCACAUGAUAGUCAAAUCGUGUAUACUUGAUCACGCAGGAUCCGGGUUGACACGCGCGGGAGAGAAUUUGCAAAAGACAAGAUGCAGAAUGUUUCUUGCACUAGAUUGCGGCAAGAGUCUACUCCGCGAGCUGCUCGUUUUCAUUGCUGUGUGGGACAAGGACGAGCAAAGCCUCAUUUUCCAGGUCACAACCCAGAUUGUCGAGGCUAUUCACCACAGCGCUCUGGUGCCCUAUGCGUGGAACUCGCUGAGGAUCCCCAAGGACAUCAUCUCCCCAGCACAAACAGUUCUCUUGCGCCUUGUGAAUCACAUGCUUCGAGCUCGAGCCGCCAGUUCUACAACACAGGAUUCCAAGGACCAGACCAGGGAUCUCAAACUGGUGCACUUCUUCUUUAGCUUUUUCCGAAGUCGCAUUGUCCCUGAGUGCGCAGCUCUCAUGCAUUUGCAAGCUCAGAUUCGUGAGGAGAAUCGUGAUCCAGCCGAGUUUCCAGUUGAUAGCUGGGAUAUGGAACGAGCUAAAGACGGGCUGUCCCAGUACCUGGAAUUUCUCACGACUGUGGCCGAAAUGGUGGAUAUGAGGCCUCAUCUCAUCGAGUGGCAGGCUAUCUAUGACCUUAUCACGAUCCUCAGCAGCCUGGAGGCCGCAGUGCCGAAGAAGCCACUUGUCGAAGUGCCUAAACGCGCUCCGGCAGCAGAGAGCACCUCGAAUGCCACCAACAAUAGUGCCAAUAACGACCCGAUGGUCGAACGACCAUAUGCGACUGCAGAUGAGGGUGUAUCUCCGUCGCCACCACCGCCGCCUCUGCAAGAGCCGGCUCACAAGUUCCCAUGGUCUGGCAUCAAGGGACAGAUAUUUACAAUCAUCGCAACGCUGCUACAGCCACCGCCGGGACAGAGUACUCCUGGAAAUGCCCAGGUGCAGAUGCAAAUGAUGAAAUACAAUGGUAUUGUGCCUCUCCUCAACUGCUGCGCAUAUGAUGACCACAAUCCAUUCGCAAAGGAGCGAGUUACCAUUUGCUUGAAAUGGCUGUUGGACGGCUGUGAGGCUGCCAACAACUUCUUCCGCGAGCUGGUUAAUCUGGCACCACAGCCGAACCUAAGGCCACCGCCAGGAGGCACUACGGUGUCGACGAUCAAGCUGGACGGAGUGCAAGGAGAGGUCAAGGUGCAAGUACGGUCAAACACGGCGCCACCAUUGACAGACCGCGGCCCUAGCAGCACCGAUGAGCUCCUUGAGAAGGCAGCUGAACUUAACCUGGGGCUGAAUCAGACCAAGAGCGGCGGGCAAAGCAACAUUGAGGAGGACUUUAUGGCAUAG